AUGCUCUGCUCAGCUGUCACCAAGAAAGACAUGCGAUGUUCGAACAGAGCAAGGCCUGGCAGCCGCCUUUGUGGGACCCAUCAGAAGUCAAAGACGGUUGCUUUGGUGAGCGACAAUCAACUCGCCAACGAUUCAUUAGAGGAAGAUGAAGCCACACCGGGAGUCAAUGAUUUGAUCAGAGCAGUGAAGGAUAUGGGAUUAGAAAGCGGCUCUCCAAACAUGACUGGUGGUUAUGAAACACCGUGGGAGUAUGAAAUUAUGGUAAAGUUCGAAGGAACUGCCGUAAUGAGGAGCGGAAAUGCUAAGCAUCUGGUACAUGAUGGAGGCCGCUGUAGAAGCGAAGAUCCCGAACUUAUAGACCUGCGUUCCCCAGGAAGGGUCAUGCAGAAGGACCUACCAUCUACACAAUCUACACCAUCUCGGCCUCCCAAGCCGAAACUACGUACGACAGAUAUUGUUCCAGAUCCUCAUGAAGCAUUUUGCGAGACCCCGACCAACGACAUUCCACCCGAGCUCGAUGAACGUCUACAGUGGGAGCUAUCAAGAAUAAUGGUGCAACCACCUGAUACGAAGACUGGGAUAGUCUACAUAUGUGAUGUUCAAUAUGAGCCACGGAUAAGCUCGGGAACUAGGGUCAUUAAAAUUGGGGUGGCAUCUGAUAUCAACAAGCGCUUGAAGGCUCAUUUCCAUAGCUGCGCUAGCUCUAGGCUCCGACUAAUCACCUCGUAUCCACGGUCGAAGCUGGAAUUGGACACGCACGAGCUGAUCCGAAAUCUUUAUCAAGUAGAGAGCCUAAUUCAUAAAACGCUGGAGGAGUUCAGGUAUGACAAGAAGUGUGGGUGUGGCAAGAACCAUAAGGAGUUAUUUGAAAUUGUGGAGCAUGAACUGGAAUAUAUUCUAGGAACCGUCGAACAUUGGGUUUCCUGGAGUGAACGGAAACUUGGCCAUGCCUUGAUUCCUCAUGGCAGAUGAUAGUCUAUAAACAUCUAUGUACCAAUACUACCUUCUAGCAAAUAGGAGGACUCAUUCAUGUACUUAGGAUAUCCUGUGUUUCGUUAGUUAUAUUCAAUGCAAUGAUUAUUGGGCA